AGUGUUUUGGGCAGAGCGGAGGCUGUGGAGCAGGAGUAGUCGGUACCGCAUCCUGAGGACGGGGGAGGCCCGGCUCUUUGUUAUUGUUCUGUCCGCGGGGGGAUGGUUCACAGGCGCAGCAUCAGUCCGUCCGGGGCUCCAGCAGUAUGAAGGAUGGAAGAAGACGAUGUCACCAUCAGGGAGCAGAACUUUCACAGCCAAGUUAGAGAAUGGAUUAUCUGCUUUCUUUUGUUCGCCAUUUUAUAUAUUGUGUCUUAUUUCAUCAUCAAAAGAUACAAAAGAAAAGCAGAUGAACAGGAGGAUGACGAUGUCACAGUUAAUCGAGUCUCGCUGUUCCUGAGUACAUUCACACUGGCCGUUUCGGCUGGUGCUGUGCUCCUGCUUCCUUUCUCCAUCAUCAGCAAUGAGAUCCUCUUAUCAUUCCCCAAGAGCUACUACAUCCAGUGGCUGAAUGGCUCUCUGAUCCAUGGUCUGUGGAAUCUCGUUUCUCUCUUUUCCAAUCUGUGUCUUUUUGUCUUGAUGCCAUUCGCGUUCUUCUUUCUCGAAUCUGAAGGCUUUGCUGGGCUUAAAAAGGGAAUCAAAGCCCGGAUACUGGAGACAGUAGUCAUGCUCAUUCUCUUGGCCUUGCUUAUUUUUGGCAUCGUAUGGGUGGCAUCUGCCCUGAUUGAUAAUAGCCCUGCAAGCAUGGAGUCAUUGUACGAUCUUUGGGAAUUUUAUCUCCCCUACUUAUAUUCCUGUAUUUCACUCAUGGGAUGCCUCCUUCUACUCUUGUGUACUCCUGUUGGCCUUUCUCGGAUGUUUGCAGUAAUCGGUCAACUUUUGGUGAAACCGACAAUCCUUGAAGACCUUGAUGAGCAGAUGUACAUCAUAAGUCUACAGGAAGAGGCUCUACAGCGAAAGCUGAAUGGAGGAAAUUCUGCAGUGGACUACAAUACGAAGAGGAUUGAACAUGAUCUUAUGAACGCAAAAGCUAUGAAAUCAAAGCUUGAAAGACGCAAGAAAGCUUCAGUCUGGGAGAGGAACCUGAUCUAUCCAGCUGUAAUGAUACUGCUCCUCAUUGCAACGUCCUUCUCUGUGAUUUUGGUGUCUUGCAACAUCCUACGCCUGCUGGUUGAUGAGACUGCAAUGCCAAAAGGCUCAAAGGGAGCAGGUAUUGGAAAUGCAUCACUGUUCACAUUUGGAUUUGCUGGAGCUGCUUUGGAAAUCAUUCUAAUUUUCUAUCUGAUGGUUUCCUCUGUGGUCGGCUUCUACAGCCUAUGGUUUUUUGGAAGCUUCACGCCCAGAAAAGAUGACACAACAAUGACAAAGAUCAUUGGAAACUGUGUUUCUAUUCUGGUGCUCAGUUCUGCUUUACCUGUUAUGUCCAGAACAUUAGGUAUCACCAGAUUCGAUCUGUUGGGUGACUUUGGGAGAUUCAACUGGCUUGGGAACUUCUACAUUGUUGUCACAUACAAUUUGAUAUUUGCCGUUGUGACAACGCUGUGUUUAGUGCGGAAAUUCACCUCAGCUGUUCGGGAGGAACUUCUAAAAGCAAUAGGUUUAGAUAAACUUCAGCUAUCCAAUGAGCCCAGCGACACACCAUCCCCUAAUGGGCAUCAGAAAACACUGUGAAUCUACACAAUUCCGCUGCGACUGACAUUCCUCAGAGCUAAGAAGGUGGCUGUUGCGUCGCUGUUCUUCUCCACACAGCUCUUUAGAUUUAGCAAAGACUUUAGACAUAGGUCAUGGUGGCCACAUGGCUGCACUUCUGUGAACCAGACUUUGAAAAAAGUUCUCCCCUGAACCGAUUGAGAACAUAGCAAGAACAUGAGCCUCGGUUGACCGAACCUCAUGUAUCAAAAAUGUCCUUCAGAGAAACGGUGACUGCCAUCACCGACCAGCCAGAGGUCAGUUUUCAUUGCAGAUAACGGAAGUGAAACCUGGACCCUGGCCAUUUCUUCUAAGGCAGUUUUAAUACAUGACGCUCAAUGUGCCAUGUGGCCGUUGUGAGUUACUGGGGACAGCCUUGUCUGUCAUAAUGUCAGAAGUUCUGUCUUACUGGAUUGUUUCUGUUACCCCACUCCUCAGGUUGAGUAUAUCUUUAGAUACUACUUAUCAGAAAUCAUUAUUAGAUACUAUGUAAGAUAGAGAAGAAAAUGAAAAAAGCAUUUACAGAGGACCACCCUGACGUGUAUUUUGGUGAAUAUUUAAAUUCUUCAUGAUAUAACAAUUCUGGAGCUCUGUGUUACAUUGUUCUACCUCCUAGAAAUUUAUGAAGAAAUUGACAGCUGGCUUUUACCACAUCCAUUGUCCAAGAGGUAUGUUCCUACACAGUCUGCCAACAAAUGCCAGCCUGUGGAGGGACACAGCCCUUUGACAGGGGAACGGUAGUACCCAGUUGUCAAUUUAUUCAUAUCCACCAGGUAUAUACCGGUGCAGGUAUUUACUAAAACUGACGUCAGGACUGGUGACCAGUCCUCCUGAAAGGCAUUGCCUUGAUAUCCAUAAUGUUGAACGUGAUUUAAAAGUGUUGCACUCACCAGCUACAUACUGCGGCCGCUGAAUAAAGCUUUGAACAUUGUGGGACCAAAGUAGAAGAACUGUGACGUCACACAGUGAUCAUGUAUGCCAGGCCAAAGACCAGCUUCAUAGUGUCACCAGACUUUCCAUAACUUUGGAUCUUACAAUGCUACCUGCAUCUCUCCAUAGCCAUUGUAGGACUGGAGAGAGAUCAAAUGUGAAAUGACACUUUCACUUACUUUGCCCAUACAAUUUCAAUAGCUGUUGGCUAAAUGCCUGGCUCGGGAUGGAGGAGAAUGCUGCGGCAGAGACCUCUAAUGGUGGCUUAUCUUCCAGGAGAACAAAAGGAUCAAGCGAAACAAUUCAAUCUGCCCAGUCCUCUCUAACAUCAUCUGUCAAAGGAGAGUCAGGAGCUCCCCAUACACAUUAGAUUGUCAGCCGACAAAACCCUAUUUGUGUAUGGGAGCCUUUACAAAACUGUCUGACCCUAACUGGUAGCUGAAGUGUAAAACCUGUUUUCUUGUCUCCAAAAAAGUUCAUGCAGGCAGUAUUAUAGUAUUACCUGUAGGAAAUCCAUGUACCGCCCUGUGAUGGUACAGUAUAUAGGGUACAGUAUAGCCCAUCGGCACUGGAAAUACACAGCUCCAUUCAUUGUAGAGGAUGGAGACGGUUACUGCACUGCUGCUUCCAUUCAUUUCGUUGGGGUCAGUGCUGCAAUAACCAGGUCUGUCCUCUACACGAUGCACUGGAGAUACUGCAGAACAGCUGAUUGGUGGGGGUGUGGGGUGUCGGAUAGGCCAUCAGUUGUAAAGGAGUGGAC